CUCUUAGGCGAUCAUCUCUACAAACCGAAGAUCUGGUCUCUGGCAGACACAGCUACAAACAAAGUUCUAGAGAUGCCUUACGCGAAUGAUCUCUCAUCUAACGGAUGGUCGCCAACAAAAACUCCAUACCAAAGUUGUGCCGCCAUUCCUUUCCAGAGGUUCGGUAGCUGCAAUCUCCAUGGAUUCAAUCCUAUCACUCUCCAGACAGACACUCCGCCACAAACCCCGCCCAACAUGAAAAUGGUGUCCGGACACCAGGCAGUGCCUUCAUCAGCCUCAUACAUUGAACCACACGGCGGUGGUGCCUACCUAAACCUCUGUCCCUCCCAAGACACCAUCACGGAUGGACAAAUUAGAGAUGAAAAAAUGGAGACUUUUGCUGGUAAUCACCCAUCCGUACUAUCUGGCAGCACAUCGUCCAAUCAGAAUCCUCCAUCAGACUGCAUACCUGAAGACUACGAGGAACCACCCCGAUAUGCCGUUCGAUAGAAAACGUUCGAAAACCCAGCCGGAAGAACUAUUUAUUAUCCGCCUGCACCACCGGUGAUUAUAUACACUUCUAAAGCCAUCAAAGUACUUUUUAUGGCCAACGAAGAUCGAUACAUUGGAUACUUGCAAUACUCGUCAAAAGAACUAUAUAAUAUAGCAAUCAAUACUGUUUUAAAAUAUGGAUCGAACUGCAUCGAAGACGAUAAAUCACUUUUCGAGUGUGUGGCACCCCCAUGAAGCAUUUUAUAACCACAAAUGCUUUUGCAGACACAUUGCACAACUUUUACUUCAUCUGACUUCGACGAACUGUCUGCACUUUUACUAGAGUCCUUAUGAGUUAUGUCUGUAAUCUGGAAGUCUUUUUAUAUUUCUAUUUAAUUUUUAAUCUUCGGGUAUUACCGUAAUUUACCCUGGUAAAUUCUGGUUACCCAGGAAAUCAUGGUAAAUAAAAUUUUUUUAAAGGAUUUCACGAUUGAAUAGACGGGGAAAUCACGGCAACUCUGUUGUUACUUUAUUUUUUAAAAAAUUUUUUUCUUCUUCUAAUGGGGAUUUUUUUUUUUUUUUUGAGUUUUAUUGUUGCAGAAGCAUAAAAUAUCCGUUCUUGUUUUGUUUAUGUUUUUUCCCCUAUUUGUCCUAUGUAAAAGCGUAACAAGUUCAUUAAAAAAAAAUUCUGAAGAAUAACAAAAAUGCCUCAUAUACAUAUAGGUUCGUAUAACUCCAUAUAGUCAAUCGAAAUAUCGAAGCUAAACUUUGUAAUUCAUUUUGCCUAUUUUUGUUUUUAAACUUUGCAAGGCUUUAUUUAGGCUGAGCUUACAGGGACUCACACCAGACUGUGGUAACUUCAUCAAGAACAUAGUAUCUUCUGCGACAUUUUUUUUAAUAAAUUUCUUAAAUUUGCUUUUUAAUUUUUUUUUU